CACACACAAAAAACAGAGACGAUAACCUUCCCGCUUCCAAAUUCCAAUCCAUUCUUCCAUCGAUUCCGCCAUUGAAAUCUCAACGAAGAGAAAGCCAUGAUCUUGUUGAGACCCAAUUACAACAACAUCAAUCUCCGCCGCUGCCCACCAUUCUUAUCGGACUCGGGUAAUCACAAUCUCCAAGCUUCCCGGGCGAGGCAAAUCGGGUUCCCGCCGAGCAGGCGAAGUCGGCCGGCGCUGACGAAAUGCAGCGGCGGAGCAGCGGAGGGGCCGCGGCGGAGGAGCUUCCUGAGCCUGGAGGAAGCUGGGCUGGUGGAAAUGUCCGGGCUCAGCUCCCACGAGCGGUUCCUCUGCCGUUUAACGAUAUCGUCGUUGAACCUUCUGAAAGUGAUAUCGGAGCAAGAAGGGUGCGCCAUUGAGGAGCUGAACGCAGGGAAAGUAUGCGACUGGUUCUUGAAGGACAAGCUGAAACGCGAACAGAACAUUGAUUCUGCAGUCCUUCAGUGGGACGAUUCUGAGUUCCCAAUCUAAUAAAUCCUUCUUUUCUUUUUUACUUUGUCACUUCCUUGUAUGUUCAUUACUUUGUUACAUUACCCGUGCUGCUGCUAAGGAACUGAAAGUCAAUUGUCCUAAUUAAGAGUGCGUCAGAAGAUAAACACGAAAUUGAGAACGAAGGGAGCUCCAAUGAACAAUAAUAUAAAGUCGUAACCUUAACCCAUCUCCUUGAGAUGGAUCCCAACAUCCAAAUGCAACUGCAAUUUCCACUAGGGUGCUCUGCAUUACAAACAAGUAGGCAGCAUCCAACCCACAACAAUCCAUAAAAAAAAAAAAAAAAAAAAAAACUCGAAGAGGUAUGUAAUGACAUAUUUCAGUGAGAUGA